CCGCAACGCCCGUGGGAGGUAACGCCGCGGCGGCCACUCAGCCAGCCAGCACAGUGAAGUCGGCGGCCAGACAGCCGCGUCGCGUUCCCCAGCUAGCAGCCAACGCCGCCCGCGCACACGUCCGGACGAGACAGACACCUGCCCGUGGCUCCCGGGCGCGCUUCAACACGGACGGCGAGUGUGCUCCUGUGGCUUUUCUACGUCGACCGGGCGCUUCGUGCUUUCGUAGUUCGCGUGUUGGAGGCAAUUUGCGAGUCACACCACCGCCUACAUCGGGCCGGCUGCGACAAUCGGUGGAUGCCAGUGGGGUCGUCUCGUGAACGGAUUGUCUAGUUGGAACGACUUGCACGCCAUGGACGUCGGCUUCAGAGAUCUCAAGUACACCGUCAACAAGUGGUACCGGUUUUCAGAGCCGAGUAAAACCAUCUUGCACGGGCUGAGCGGCACCUUCAAGUCUGGCCGGCUGACAGCGAUCCUGGGCCCAUCCGGCGCGGGCAAGAGCAGCCUGCUGGACGUCCUCUCCGGCUGCAGGCGGUCUGGCGUGAGCGGCGAACUGCUGCUGGGCGGCUCUCCGCGGGACGAGGCGCACUUCCGGCGCGUGUCGUGCUACCUCAUGCAGGAGGACCUGCUGCAGCCGCGGCUCACCGUGCGGGAGCUCAUGCUGCUCGCUGCCGAGCUCAAGAUGCCCGCCAGGUGCUCGCGCAGGCACCGCGAGGAGACGACGGAGGAGAUCCUGGAGAUGCUGCGACUGUGGGAACACCGCAACACCAGGACGGAGCGGCUGUCGGGUGGCCAGCGGAAGCGGCUGUGCGUGGCGCUGGAGCUAGUCAGCAAUCCACCAGUCUUCUUCCUGGACGAGCCCACCAGCGGGCUGGACGAGGUGUCGGCAAAGCUGUGCCUGCGGCUGCUGCACGAGGUGUCCCGGCAGGGCCGCGCCGUCGUCUGCACGCUGCACACGCCCUCCGCGUCGCUGCUGGCGCUACUGGACGACGUGUACGCCAUGGCGCGCGGCCGCUGCGUCUACCAGGGGCCCGGCGGCGGCAUCGUCUCCUUCCUCGCCGCCUGUGGCCUCUACUGCCCCACACACUACAACCCCGUCGACUAUCUGGUGGAGAUGCUGGAAGUUCCCGACGAAGAGGGCGCGCUUGUCUUGGAGCGACUGUGUGCAGCCAUCGACAACGGCCGCAACCGGUGGCAGCUCCCACUACCCGUCACUGCAGGUGACGAGUACGGUAACUCCCAGGUAGCCAACGUCUUCGCUGCGGCUCCAGACAUUUGCAACGGGAGAGCGGGCAGCGACUCCUACAGCGACAGCGGAUCCUCAGAGAACGACCAACAGUUGGUGACGAGGUCAAGCAACAAGAAGCUGCGGCCAUACGGAGCCGACUGUCCAGUUUCUACAUGGCGCCAGUUUAUACUCUUGUGCCGGCGGAUGGCGACCCAGGCCAGAAGAAACAAGGUAGCCAUCACAAUACAGGUAUUUCACCAUUUGAUGUGUGCUCUCCUCCUUGGACUGGUAUUCUACAGACGGGCCAAUGACGGCAGCCUUAUGUUUGAGCAUUUGAAAUUCUGUGUAGCAGUUAUUCUUUUCCACACUUAUACAUGGUGUAUGGUGCAAGCUAUAAUAUUUCCGAUUGAGGCAAAGCUAGUGAUGAAGGAGCACUUAAAUGGCUGGUACAGUCUUCACCCAUACUAUAUGGCACUUCAACUAAUUAGUUUACCAUCUGUGGUCUUUCUCAGCCUUGUAUUCCUAAGCAUAAUCUAUGCAAUGAUAGGACUACCAAUGGAGCUCAACAGAUUUCUGCUCUUUGCAGUUGUGGGAAUAAUCACUUCAGUAGCUGCUGAAGGGAUGGGCAUUGCUAUUGGCUCAACAUUCAGUAUUACGAAUGGUUGUAUUGUUGGCCCAGCUACUAUUGCACCUUUCCUGGGAUUAGCAAUUUAUGGAUUUGACUUUGCUCAUGAUAUACCAGCAUGGAUGAAUGUACUGAUGCAGAUGAGUUUCAUGCGAAGCGGAGUUGUUGGUUUAGUGCUGAGUGUCUUUGGUCUCAAUAGGAGUGUUCUAGACUGUCCUGACAUAUAUUGUCAUUAUGCAGACCCUAAAGUUAUUCUUCAAAUGACAGAUGUAGAUGAAAUGUCAUUUUGGACACCUAUCUCUUAUAUAAUAUUUAUAACAUUAACUUUAAGAAUUUUGGGUUUCAUAGGACUAAGGGUACAACUUGUUAAAUAAAGAGACUCAUUCCUUCCACAGUUCAUUGUGGAACACAGACAUGUGGGCUGAAGUGAGAAUUUUUGUAUGUGGCUGCGCAGUAUUAUUUAUUGCUGUAGAUUAUAACAAUGUAAUUAAUAAAUCAGGAAAUGUGUGUGUGUGUGUGUGUGUGUGUGUGUGUGUGUGUGUGUGUGUGUGUGUGUGUGUGUUUAUAGGAACCAAAGAAUAUCUUUCAGAGUACAAUAAAAUAAUAUUUUAGUCUCUAAAGGUACAAUAUAAUAAAUAUCUGAAAAUAG